AAUCCUACUGUGCCUAAUCACAGCGCCAGCAGGUCCACCGGCGACCAGAAGAGCGGCCGAUUGCCCCCAUCUGCUCGGCCACAAAGGCCCUCUCAGGAGCCUCUCGACAUCUUUGCCGAUCCCAUUGACGUCUCUCGUGCUCGCGAGAAUCGUCGACCCCGAGGAAACUCGGAGUCUUCGGCCAUGGAUCGCGCCUCUAAAAUCUUUGCUGAGACGGAGCAGGAAGAGAGAAGGCGCCGGCGUCGCGAGAGGGAGGCACGUCACAAGGACGAGAGACGACGCGAAAAGGGUUCUUCAUCGCGGAGCAAGAGGCACCUUCAAACCCUGGACCUAAUCGACAAGCUUGAUGUCACCGGUCUUUAUGGACCAGGGCAGUUUCAUCACGAUGGGCCUUUUGAUGCGUGCAAUCCUCACCGCAAUCGUAAGAAGGAUGGUCGGGCUCCCAUGCAAGCAUUUCCGGAAGAUUCGACCAACAACGCCCUGGGCGGGCCGGGUCCUCUAAACAAGAAUAUUGACCUCAAUCUUUUCCACGGUCGCACUGCCGAUGCGACACAGGACUUUGGCUCGGCAGGCCUUGAACCUGAAGGAAUCCGUCCAAGGGGUGCAGACCGUCCGGAGGACUUCAACGCUAAUCAGCGUAUUACACAAGUGCAUGGUGAUGAGAGCAUGGGUCUCGGCACCUCCACCUUUCUUGAAGGCGCACCUGCGUCUCGAUCUGCGAUUCAACGCCGUCAAUCUGAGACUGAGGGUACAGCCCCGCAGUUCGCUGGUGGUCUUCAACGCAAGCGGUCUUUGGCGCAGCGAAUUCGUGGCAUUUCGGCGAAUCCACACUCCAAUGGCCGAAUUGUGUCCCCGGAGCCUCGCUAUGACUUCCGUGGUUCAGGCGAGUUAUCCCCCAGGCAGCCGAUCACGGUCCAAAGUGCGGGUGGCAGGAGUCGACUCAGUGAGAAGAACCCCUUCUUUCACGACUACGAUGAUGCCUAUGAAAAGAAGGGCGCCAGCAUCAAGAUUGCAGAGAACGAGCGCACCGGAAGAGCUCGAACACCUAGCUCGCCUAUGAGAGGUUUAGAGAGGCGGUCAACUUCGGACGGCUAUGGAGAGCCCGAGUCUAAACCGAGCGGGUUUUUGAGCCGUGUCAAGAGUAUUAAGGGCCCUCGUCGCUCCCGGCCUGAGCGGUGAGUGCAUUGUUGACUAGGCAAUCAUGUUCACGGAGCGGGGCGCCUAAAGCCAUACUUGAGUGUUCAUUGCUACCCGUGAACGGGGUAAAACUACUGCCUUGCUCUGUCCAUUUGAGGUCUUACUUCUAUUCUACAUUGAACAUGCACGCCAUGGAGCUGGGGAAGAAGGGUGUUUCGCGUUCCAGCGUUGUAAUCUCGGGAAGUGCGUUGUUUAACGACUUGGAAAACGUCGGCAACAUCGUUGGUUUCCCUUCUUUGCCAUUUGGUUUGGGUUAAUGAAUAAGGUUGUUCAUGUGGCUUGCUUGAGGCUCCGUCUAUCAAUAUCAGUUUGUCUGGUUUUCCCUUUUUUUUUUUUUUUUUUUUUUUUAAUUUCUUCUGCUGCAGGAUAGUCUGGGUCUGGG